UCCGUGCCCUGAUGUCCCAAAGAUGCCGGGGUCGCUCGGCCUCGCCUUUCCCACAGACGCCCGCCCGGAAAACCAGUCCCGAAGGCAGGACGGGUCGCCGGACUCGGGGCAAGCGGAGGCCCCGGCAGGAGGAGGCGGCGGCUGGCUUGAGGUUAUGCCUGAAAAUGACACAGAUUCAAGUAACGAAUCUCCCAAUGUUGGAUUCAACAAGAGCAACAAUGGUGAAUUAAUGGAUUUUCUAAGCCAAGAUGAAGGAAAUGUUAAUAAGCAGUACUAUGAAGGGCUUAUGGCCUUGAAGAACUCCUGUAGACAAAGAUUGCUGGCACUGGACAUGCAAUAUGAGCAGCAGAAGAAUAAAUAUAAAUCAGAACAUAAGGGAAAAAUGAAAAACCUGGGACUGACAGAAGAAGUGGUCAAAUUCCUUGCAAUGAAUGAAGGAAGAAUCCCUGUGGGCAAUAGAUCCUCCAAGCCAAAGUCAGCUAGAAAUGUAAUGAAGAGAGAUUCCUACUCUAGUGAUGAACGCUGCAGUUUAACAGAUUCAAACGGAAGUGUUAUGAAGGAUCAUUUGCAGCCAAAGAAGCCCAGCAGACCUAAGAGUCCUGCAUCAGCUUGGAUCUCACAGAUCACAGUCCCUCAGCCAUUCAACAUGACGAUGCGGGAAAGUCAAAAGAAGACAGAGGUUCUCAGAUCCAGACUGACAAUGGAAGUGGAGAAACAGCUGGUGGAAAAAUGGCAGAAAGAAGAGGCAGAAUGCCAGAAGAAAUUCCGAGCCCUCCCUGUACCCGGUCACGUUUACCUGCGACUUUACGAUGAAAUCAAUGAACGUAAUGAAGAAAAGAGAAAGAAAGAAACAGAGAAACGGCAAGAGUAUCUGCUGUCCACACAGAAACCAUUUAGCUUUACAAAGAAGGAAGAAGAGAAGAAAGAGUUAAAACAACAGCUCUGUACCGUGGUUCCAGAAAAAAAGACAACAAAACAGAUAAGGAAAAUUCCACACUCUGUCCAGGAUCCAUCAGUGAGCGAGAGACUCAAAGAAGAUGAACUCUACAGAAAAAUCCGGAUUCAGAUGAGAGCUGAAGACUUAAUCAAAAAAGCUGCUGCACCUGUAGAUCAUAGACCAAAAAAAUCUGGUCACUACGAGCUCUAUGAGAACAAGACAGGAGAAGCUGGGCUUCUGGAAGAAAGACCAAAGUUCAAGCCAAGGAUAAAUCCAGAAAUCCCUGACUAUACAAAACUGUACAAUGCAUUUCAAAGAGAAACACGAAAGGAGACAAAGGAGACAACAAAAUGUGUGCCGUUUGAACUCCAAACAUCAAAACUGCCACCCCGUAAAAGUAAUGCCAAGAAUAAAGUAGUAUCAAAGGAAAAGGCAAAGAUUCACUUGAAGAAAAGUAAUUCUUUCAGUGAUAUUCGUUCACUGUCUUCUCAUACACUUCCCAUCUCUACAACAAAUGCUGCAAGAAAAAGGCAGUCAGCUGUCAGAAGAUCUCUGGAAGAACGAGAUAAGCAUGAAAUAGAGAAAGCCGAAUGGAUGGAGAGGUACAAAAUGAAUGUCCAAGAUAUAAGCAAAACCGUCUCAAUACGUGGCAAAAGCUGGACCCCCACUCAAAGCCUUGCAGAGACCUUCAAAGAAGUAUUGAAGAAGUACAGGCAGGCGGAUCUCAAGAGGAAGAAGGAAUACAAGAAGGAACUAGAGGAGAUGAAAAGGCGAGUCUGCAGCAGACCCUACCUUUUUGAACAAGUCACUCAGGUAAGAAAAAUGCCACCUCUGAGGCCGGAGAAGCGAUUACCGUGA